UGAGCUUAUUUGGGGGUAUUUUGGGCAUAUUCAAUUAGUGUAUAGCUCAUUAGCAUAUUAAAAUUCAUUUUUAAAAGAAACUUGUAAUACAACACAUUUUACUAUUCAUGGAUAGUUUCAUUGUGUAAAGUUUUAUUUUGAUAGGAGUCAAGGAAAAAAAUAGCCCCAUUAGGGUGUAAUGUUGCCUGGCCUUAUUGGCACACAUCUUGGUUUGAUGAGAAUUUAACAUAUUUCCUCAACUAGGAUUUCUUAGAACUUUUAGUAUGUUGUUUUGGACACCUCAUAGAAAUGAUCUAAGUUGCCAAAAAAUAUUUUACAAUUAGUCUGUUGUAAACCGCUACUUUGACUGGACUAUUAGAGCAAGUGAAACACAUUGGAAAUCUCUGUUUAGGUGGAUCAGACGGCAUGGCCUGGACUGAAUCUUAGACUCUCCUUCCCUGGAGUAUAAAUGUCGCCACAGUCCGACACGAUGGACACCGAACUGGAUCAAUCUGAAAGGAGACCUGAGGUAUCCACGAGCCCCAGACAACAUCCGUCCAGAACCUCCUGCUCCGAAACAACCUCCAAGACCAUCAUCAUCCCAGCAUGCAACAGAUCCAGGUCUUUCGGCUGCUCGUGGUCUGCUCGCUGGUCCUGCGCCAGUGCCUGGCAGGGCCCCUGGGGGGCCAAUGUGUAGAUGAGGCCUACUGCACCAGCAGCCUGGAGGAGUACCACGCCCAGCUUGUCAGCCUGCCCAACAGCAUCAACAAGCGCAGUGUAGCCCCCUGGAGCUAUGUGGAGCACAUUGACCUGAACAGGGUCCCUCAGGUCAUCUAUGAGGCUAACUGCCUGACCAGCCACUCCUGCAGAGGACUGGACAGCAGCCUGGAGACCCUCCCCAUCACCUUGAGGAUGCCUGUUCUCAGGAAGAGCACCCGCUGUGCCACCUACUCUCUGGAAUAUGAAGCCAUUAACAUAGCCUGUAUAUGCGCUACAUCUAGACAAGGCUUAUUCUAAGCAUGGGAUAUUAAACUGUAUAUUUUUGUUUUACAUUAUGUAUUCAUGUUGAUGUUGAGAAUAUUAUGUUCACCUGAGGGGAGUUAGAAUCAGUUGUUAAAUGCAGGAUGCUCAAGCACCCCUAAAUUUAAU